UACCCAACCAACCCAAAACUAGAAACUAGUUGAAUAAAAGCGGCAAUCACUUUUAUGAAAUAUUUUUUCUUUAAUAGUCUUCGUUGUUGGUCGUUAAGUUUUGCGAUCAACAUAUAGGUAUGUCAGACUGCGACGAAUUUGCCAUUAACGUUGAAGAGAUUGAGAAGGAUUUAGCUGACAUAGAACAGAAAUAUUGGCCCCGCGUGAAUGAAAACGACUUGCAAUUUGGCCAGUUUCGAGAGAUUAUAAGUAUCUUAUCGAAGGAAUUUGACUCUCUAGGAUUGCCUCCAUUGGACCUAUCCCUUGCAAUGCCUGAACUAUUCCAUAAGGUGUUGUUGUCGUCUCGUGCGUUAGUUCAGAUGCACAGAAUCGCCAUAGCUCUCAUCAAAGACAAGAAUAUCGAUCAGAAGCGUCACAAUCAAAAAAAUAAUGAACUCUAUGACGCCUUGGACGAGUGCAAGAGGCAACUGGACAGGUCGCGGGAAACGCGCGACGCCCUUGAGAAAAAAAUAGUUUGGCUAACCGAGGAAAUGUCAAAUAUGCGCAAGAGGGAAUGUUCCCACAAACAAGAACUGGAGCGAGUAAAAAAUUACCACAGAGCGAAACAAAACGAAGUGGAACAUAAUUUAAGGAGAAUUGUUAAAGAGAAUGAUUUUCUGAAAGAAACAUUUGGUACAAAUAUCAGCACGCCGAGUUCUACCAACGAAGUCGCGUUAAAACUUUUGCAAAAGCACAGGAACAGGGAGGAUAUUUAUAAAGGGACCAUAAAAAAAUUGCAAGAGACGAACAGAGACCUACUGGAUGAAAUUUUCAGCAUGAAAGAAGAGCUGGUACUAUGUGAUACGAAAAAGUGAAGAAGUGAAUUGCUA